UUAAUAUAAGUAAGGGGUGUUUUUUAUUGAGGUAUAGAACUUUAAGUUGGCAUCACUUUUUUAACUGGCGGCCAUUUUGUCAGCUGUCAAGUGAUUAAUAUUUAGUUUGGUUUGCCAUUUCAUCAUGAACAGGUUGACAAAAGAACAACGCUUGCAAAUCGUGCAAAUUUAUUUCGAAAAUAAUGGUUCAGUUCGCGAAGUUUACCGCAAGCUCCGUCCAUUUUAUGGUCGACAUAAUCGUCCAUCAGAGCAAUUAAUUCGGUUAACCAUGGAUCGUUUUCGCACUACGUUUACUCUAUGUGAUAAUACGCAUCCGCAGAGACGUCGAACAGUGCGCACCGAAGAAACAAUUGCCGCUGUAGAGCAAAGUGUUGAAGAGGACCCGAAUGAAUCGAUUCGCCACCGUGCACAGCAAUUGGAGCUUUGUCCAUCAACUUUAUGGAAGAUUUUGCGCAAAGAUCUUGGCUUGCGACCUUACAAGAUCCAGCUUGUGCAAGAAUUAAAGCCGCGAGACCAUGCAAUGCGUCGUGAUUUUGGUGUAUGGGCCGAAAAUGAGAUUGAUCUCGAUGCUGAUUUUCAUCGCAAAAUUUUGUUCAGUGAUGAGGCUCAUUUUUGGUUGAAUGGCUACGUCAACAAGCAAAAUUGCCGCAUUUGGAGUGAAGAGAAUCCACAUGAGACCCUUGAGACGCCAUUACAUCCACAAAAACUGACUGUUUGGUGUGCUCUAUGGGCUGGUGGAGUCAUUGGGCCAUACUUCUUCCGAAAUAAUGCUGGAGAGUCAGUUACCGUUAAUGGAGACCGGUAUAGAGCCAUGAUAACCGACUAUUUUGUUCCCGAAUUGGAUGGCAUGAAUGUGGAUGAGUUGUGGUUCCAACAAGACGGCGCUACAUGCCACACAGCGCACGUCACAAUCGAUUUAUUGAAGGAAACAUUCGAUGAGCGCAUAAUUUCGCGGAAUGGACCUGUCAAUUGGCCACCAAGAUCGUGUGAUUUGACACCAUUGGAUUAUUUUCUUUGGGGAUAUGUGAAGUCGCUCGUCUACGCCAACAAACCAGAAACGUUAGGGGACUUGGAAGCCAACAUUCGUGGCGUUAUUGCCAACAUACGGCCCCAUAUGCUCGAAAAAGUGGUUGAAAAUUGGACCUGUAGAAUUGGCCUUAUUCGAGCCAGCCGCGGCGGCCACAUGCCCGAAAUCAUAUUUAAACGUUAAUGGCAUAAAAUUAUCCUUCCAAUAAAGCCAAAUUGAUGGACAUUAAAACGAUUUUCUUGUGUUUUAUUUCAAUUCGAAGUU